AAAUCGUCGGCCAAUCAGCCUAACGCCGUCGUUGUAUUAAUCUCUUCCCUCGACCAGCCUGCCUCAAGCUCUUUUCAGCCUUGGUCGCGGUGUCAGGUUUCUUCUGAUUAGCAACGAGCGGAAUCAAUUGUUUGUUGUUCAUGGGCUCUGCAAAUGGAUUAACAAGUGCACAAGGGACCCAACCACUAUUUUCCUUUGGGGUUAUUUCUGAUGUUCAGCAUGCUGAUAUUCCGGAUGGUCGCUCAUUUCUGGGUGUUCCUAGGUUUUAUCGUCAUAGCCUCCUUGUACUGCAAAGGGCUGUCCAGAAUUGGAACAACCAGAAGAGGCCUCAAUUUGUGAUCAAUUUGGGAGAUAUUGUUGAUGGAUAUUGUCCGAAGCACAAAUCCAUGAGUAUAGUGAAGAAAGUAGUUGAUGAGUUUGGGAAGUUCAAUGGUCCAGUUUAUCACAUGAUUGGUAACCAUUGCCUUUACAACCUCCCACGGGAUAAGUUGCUUCCCUUAUUGAAUAUCUCAAAUCUUGAUGGGCAUGCCUACUACGACUUUUUACCAAGUCCACAAUACAGAUUUGUUGUACUUGAUGGCUAUGAUAUCAGUGCAAUCGGUUGGCCUCAAGAUCAUCCACAUACAUUAAAGGCCUUAAUAUUUCUUGAGGAGAAAAACCCAAAUUUAGAUAAAAAUAGUCCCAUGGGAUUGGUAGGCCUUGAUAGAAGGUUCCUUAUGUUCAAUGGAGCUGUUGGGAAAGAACAACUAGAAUGGUUAGAUGCUGUACUUCAAGAUGCAGCAAAGUUGAAACAGAAAGUAAUUGUAUGUUGCCAUCUGCCCUUGGAUCCUGGUGCGUCAUCCCAAGAGGCACUUCUAUGGAAUUAUGAUGAAGUAAUGGAUGUGAUUCACCAGUACAAUUGUGUGAAGGUUUGCCUAGCUGGACAUGAUCAUAAGGGAGGGCAUUCAAUUGAUUCUCAUGGGAUACAUCAUAGAACACUUGAAGCUGCCCUAGAGUGUCCUCCUGGAACAGAUGCAUUUGGAUAUAUAGAUGUUUAUGACAACAUGCUAUCACUUAUUGGUACUGAUCGAAUAGAAAGCAUAGAUAUGGAGUUUCAUUCUUAACAAUAGUUGGAAAAAUGAAGUAUGUACUAUCUGAAUAAAUCUCGACAUGAAAAUGAAAGCUUCAAAGACCUUAAUAAUAUAACUAUCAUUCCUCAUUCCUUGCAAGUUGCAAAUAAUUAAGAUGUGGAGCCAUUGAGGUUUUGCUGCUUAUGAUCUUGCAAAAUGAGGUGCACAUGCUCAACUGUAAAAUC